AUGGAAGACGAGGAAGGCUACAUGGCACUUAACAUGCGGCCAAGGAAAGAGCAAAGACAGAAUCCCGGAUCUCAGGAACUAGAAACCCUACCGAGACAUCACCGUUGGCGUCGGAUCGUUGCCGGAGUUGGCUGUGCUGUGAUCCUUCUCAUUGUAGGAGCUGCGUUAGCGCUGCGCAUUUGUGCUUUUCAGACAAGGCGAUAUAUGGAUGCGCUAGAGAAAUCUUUCGUCUCUCGGGAACUCACCAGCGGCACAGAAAAUAAGUCCAAUGUGGAGAACGUCAUCACUCGCUUCCGACAGUUUUUGUGCAAGCCAGUUCACAUAAGUGUAACAGAGAGCUUCAGGUGCAAACUAUGCCCCGAAAAUUGGUUCCGUCAUGAGAACAAGUGCUACUGGAUCUCUAAAGAACAAGGAACCUGGAGGAAGAGUCAGGACGACUGCAAUGCAAGGGACUCGCAAAUGCUGGUGAUACAGAAACAAGAAGAGGUGGUAAAUCCUUACAGUUACAAUAACUUUAAUAUAGCAUUAUCAAGCCAAUUACAUUGCUUACAGACUUUUAUCCAGAGUGUUAUUGAAGAGACACAGUUGCUAUGGAUUGGACUAACGGCCACAUUCCCUGAGAAAAAAUGGAUCUGGGUGGAUGGCUCCCCACCAGAUGAAAAGCGUUUGCAAGAACUGGGCCCUGUUGAAGCAAACAGCUGUGGGAUGCUGAAUGGGCACAAAGCUAUUGCUGAAGCCUGCAGUACUGUCGCCAUGUGGGUCUGUGAGACAGAAGCACUUGAUAUAAGUACUAAUUAG